AUGGGUUGAUGAAGGAAAGAGGUCUGAAAUGAUAGAAGUACUGAAUGUAUGGAUAUUGAUGGAAUCAGAGUUCAAAACAAUAGCUAAGGAGACAAAGUAUGGACUAGGUCUAGAUACACCCAGGGAGUAUAAAGAAAAGUUUCUUCGUAAAGGAAAUAGAUAUCCUGCUAGAAAACAAAUGUGCAAAGUAUGUAAUUAUCAACAUGCAAUAGAGGAAUUGCACGAGCGGUAACAAUUUACCAUAACACCGGUUGAUCCGCCAUCUUGGAGGCUCUCGCGUAAUUUCAACUUUCUUCAGCAAUUUAUCGCACGAUUUUCUUCAAAUAUAUCGGUAAAUCAAUACAGAUGCAGAUUUUAUUGACACAACAUGUCUAAGAAACUUUCAUUUGCUACGGAGUAUAAAGAUAGCCUGGAUAGUGUUGCCAAAAAGCGCUACGAGCAGAAGAUAACCAUAGUGGGUGGGGUAGACCCUUACGCAACUGAUUUGGUUUGGUCAAAAGAUGUGGCGUGCCUACCCUCAGUUACGCAUAUAGACAUCGUUCACUAUUUACUCUUUACCCCUAGUCCAUACACGAAAGAAGAUUUGAAAGCUUGGAAAUCACUUGAUGCUGUAAACCAACUCUGCAGUGGAUGGGUGCAAGAGAGAUCAAGUUACAAGACAAACAACCAUGUCAUAGUCACUGCAAAGGUAUUACAUUCACAACGACUUAGAGAGAAGCCACUUAGACCCUGGGUCAUAGUGAAACCAGAUGGUGUUGUGGAGGGGGCCCACUGUAAUUGUAUGGCUGGUCUUGGAGAAGCAUGCACCCACAUAGCAGCUCUUCUGUUUUCAAUAUCUGCAGCUGUGCAAAUAAGAGAUUCGCAAACGUGUACCCAGUCCGCAGCAUAUUGGAAGAUUAUACCAGCAUCAGUGAAGACCAUAAGGUAUAAAACUGUAAGCAACAUAAACUUUACCUCAGCAAAAACUGCCAAAAAACAUUUUGAUGAUAAUUUGCAGUGCAUGAAUAAUGGAGAAAUCCCAGUUACAAACACCCCUUCAGUAAGAAAAGUUAAAACACCUAGAGCAUCAGAGGCAGAUUUCAUGUCAUUCUGUCAAAAACUGUCAGUGUUAAAAUCUAAACCAGCCGUACUAUCAGUCAUAGAGCCGUAUGCUGCAGAUUAUGUUCCAACAUGUGAGAAACGAGACUUUCCUUUAAUACUUAGUGAACUGAAAGAUCCGGAUAUGAUUGGUGAGCCAUUGUGCACAGUACAAUCUAAAUGUAAAAACAUAAGGGUUUCAUGCAGCAAAGAACAAUCCGAAAAUGUUGAGGUUGAAACUCGGCUGCAGUCAAAAUCAAAGCUAUGGAACCAGUUCCGAGCUGGUAGAAUCACAGCAUCAAACAUGCGAAGUGUGGUUUUUACAGACCCUGACAAGCCAUCGAAAUCUCUUGUAAAGAAAAUAUGCUAUCCAGAGACCCAGUGUUUCCAGACUGAAGCCAUGAAGUGGGGAACAGUGAAUGAAAGAGUGGCUCUAAAGCAGUUUGUGGAGUAUACCAGCCCAAAGCAUGAAAACCUGCUAGUGAGAGAAAGUGGAUUUAUUAUUUCAGAAGAUCUACCCUGCAUUGGUGCUUCACCUGAUGGUAUAACUGCCUGUGACUGUUGUGGCAAUGCAUGUAUUGAAAUUAAAUGCCCCUUUAAUGCUAGAAAUGAUAAAAUUGAUGAGAACACAUGUGAUUUCUUAGUUUUAAAAAAUGAUCAACUCCAUUUAAGUGAAAAUCACAAGUACUAUUACCAGAUACAAACUCAAUUAGGUGUAUGUAAACAGGAAAUGUGCUUCUUUGUUGUUUGGACAUUAUGUGAUUUAUUUAUUAAAGAAGUGAAAUUCAAUCCAAUUGUUUGGGAAGACAUAUGCAGCAAGUCAAAAGGUUUCUUUGAGUGUGCGGUUUUGCCAGAAUUAGUUGGUAAAGUAUUCACAAGCUUGCCAGUGCCAGCCAAACAGCCGGUAUUGAAUACUACUGAUAAUGUCAAGCAACCGGUAUUAAAAGCAAUAGAAAAUGUUCAGUGUUCUGAUACCCAAAUGAAACCUGUCUUACUAUCAGACUGCGAGGAAAGAUAUUGUUAUUGCGACCAGGUUGAAUCUGGUAAAAUGAUAGCAUGUGACAAUAACGAUUGUUCAAUUGUUUGGUUCCACUUUACUUGUCUUAAGUUGGAAAAUUCCCCAAGAGGAAAGUGGUACUGCCCAGACUGUAGAAAAUGUGGAAAUUUGUGGGGUAGAGAUAACUGCUCUAACAACCCAGAGACGAGGAGAGUUUUUUACUCUGAAGAGGCCGGAGGGAGUGGACGCCUGACCAUAUCAAAGGGAGUUUCUUACUCUAGUGAUAAGUCAGCGAGUAAAACUGAUCUAGUUCCACUCAGCCAGGAAACUUUAGCAUAUGGAAAUGCAAUGGAGGAUGUGGCCUUGCAUUACGGAUACAUAAGAAAUCGCACCUGUAUCAUACAAGGCUGUGGAGGUAAUGCAAGGUAUCCAAAAGUUCAUGCCUUCCAGGAUCAUGUCCCAGGCAUUUUUGAUGAGCGCCUGCCCCCCGAUGAUGAGGAGGUUCUUGAAAGAAGAAAGCGGGGGUUGGUUCUUAUGACAACCUGGAUGCUUGGGAGGCCAGGGACUUUGGAUGAGUUGGUUGAGUGCCUCCUGAUGCAGAGAGUGUUAGAGUUUGCAGAUAAUGUCUCUGUUUCAGACAGAUUGAAGUUACAUAUGGAGGCUUUUUGCCGAUAUGUAGGACAUUCGAUUCCCGCCAAUUUUACAGUGUGCCCACUCAAUUCUAUUGGGGCGGUACUUCAUUAUAAGGCAUUGAUUAUAAUCUUGGCGACGUUCCAUCAGGAACAGCAGACCUAUCUGAGAACAAUUUUUGACGGGCCAGCAGAUUUGAUGAGGGAUCCUCUGCCAAUUGCCUACGAUGCACACUUUCAUCUGGACAGGCUGAAGAGCAAGUUGAGUCUGCCAAAUUGGGCCACGUUGGAGGCCAUCUGGUCUAAAUCAGAAGUCUUGCCUGACAUGGAAAUAGAUCUCAUUGGAUCUUGUGCAAGCUUCUGUGAUCCUUAG